UGCAGCAUGCUGCAUUGCAAUCACACUAGAACACAUGAGAAUCUUCCCACAAAAGCACACGUGUGUAUCCAUUCAGCCAUCGGAUCCUCCGCAGCACGAUAUUUGUGAGUGCGUGAGCUCAUUCAAAGAGGGUAACUUGUGUCUUUACGUGUCUAAAUCUGCUAUCCGCCAUCCCCCCCCCCCCCCCCCCCAACAUACACGCACAUCGGCAACUCCUCCCACUCCUCCGACGAACCCCCAUCCACCCAGGUCGACAGCAGGACGGCGUAGCGAUUCUGGACGCAGCGCUGAAACCAGAGCUUCGCCCUGACGCGGACGUAUACAGGCAGGCAAAGACGCGGCAUUUGGUCCUUGUCUCGCCUGAGGGAUUAUCAUGCAGUGUUUUUUUUGCCGGAAACUGCUGGAGUCAUUGCCGCUGAAGAUUCUCUAGGAGACUGAACGCUUUUGGUGGGUGUCUGUCCUGCGUGUGCGUGCGUACCGGUUGUUUUUUUCUGAGCCUUGGACUGACGCACGGAUACUGCAGCAGAACUGCAGGGGCCUGGACGCUAACCUGGAGGACAUGAAGACCCAGUGGAUCCCCCACCCCUGAGCACCAGAACCCACUGCUGCUGCACAUUCUGCUGAGCUGAGCAGAGCUCCCAGAGGCCGAUAGGAUGCUGACAGCUCGCGAUGGAGCUCGAGAUGAAGCUCAGAAGCUGCACAGGAAAUGGAUGAAGCACCAGGCCUUCAUGGCUGAACUGGCCCGCAACAAAGAAUGGCUUGCCAAGAUUGAACAGGAGGGCGAGGAACUGAUCCAGGAACAGCCUGAGUUGCGAUCGGUGGUGGAGGUAAAGUUGAAGGAAAUCAGAGAGUGCUGGUCUCACCUGGAGAACACCACCAAAGUCAAGGCUCGCCAGCUCUUUGAAACCCAGAACCACCGCACUAUCGACCUGCCCACCAACAACCUCAGCGACCUGGACCAGCAUCUCAACGUCAUACAGGAGCAGCCACCCACACUAAGCUCCGCCCACACCACUCAACCCACCCUCCUUCAGCCCCGCCCCACUUUCAGCCAGCAACUCCAGAGGAUACAAUCGUUGGAAGCCCAAAUGCAGCUUUAUCAUGGUGUUGGCGAAGUCAGGGGCAAUGCUGAUCCCCGGAGACCAGAAGUAGAAGAGCAAGGAGGUGUGGUGGAGACCCGAAUUGUACGUCUUAUUGAGCCUCUGAAGGAAAGGAGGCGGAUCCUUCUUGCCUCAAAAGAAAUGCACCAAGUUACCCAGGACCUGGAGGAAGAGAUUAUAUGGAUUCAGGAGCGGUUACAUUUGGCCUCAUCUACAGAAUAUGGGACCAAUCUGCAGAGUGUCCAGCAUUUAUUCAAAAACCAUGAGGCGCUGCAGAUGGAGAUGCAGGCUCGGAGAGGGCGAGUCGAGGAGGUGCUGGACAGGGCAGAGGCCGUUGCUGCCCUGAGGACCCCAGAGGUGGAGCUUGUGCGGGAGGGGGCGGGGCAUGUGAGGCAGCUGUGGGAGGUGCUCCAGGUAGAGAUGGAACGUCGCACAGUGAUGCUGGAUGCUGUGAGUCACGCCCAGCAGUACUAUACCCAGGCAGCGAAGGCCGAGUCUUGGCUCAGUGGACAGAAGCUUCAGGUCCUCAAUGAGGAAAACGGAAACGACGAGACCAGCACUCUUAGGUUACUGAAAGAGCAGUUGGCUUUAGAGCAAACAGUAGAGAAUUAUGCAGAGACAGUGGGCUCACUGUCCCAGCAGUGCCGUCGAAUGCUUGAGUUGGGACAUCCAGACAGUGAGCAAAUCACCAAACAGCAGGCUCACAUAGACCGGCUGUAUGUGUCUCUGAAAGACCUGGUGGAACAGAGGAAAACAAAGCUGGAGCAGCAGUACUGGUUGUAUCAGUUGAAGCGAGAGGUGGAGGCACUGGAGAAAUGGAUCUCUGAGAGGGAGGCCGUUGCCAGCUCCACUGAAUUAGGCCAGGACCUGGAGCAUGUUACGGUUCUGCAGGGCAGCUUUACUCGGUUCUCCUCUGAGACACGUGCAGUGGGUCAGAAACAGAUGGAUUCUGUCAAUAAGAUGGUCAAUGAGAUGAUUGACUGCAGUCACUCUGAUGCUGCCACCAUCGCCGAGUGGAAGGACGGACUGAACGAGUCCUGGGCGGAUCUUCUGGAGCUCAUGGAGACCAGGGCGCAGAUGCUCGCAGCUUCGUUCCAGUUGCACAAGUUCUUCACUGACUGUCAGGAGGUGCUGGUCCAGAUUGAGGGAAAGAUGAGACAGCUGCCAGAGGUGAGGUCCUGUCAGGUGAGCUCGGCCAACCCUGGCACACUGCAGAGACUUCUGCACUCUUUCGAGCAUUCCCUGCAGCUGCUGGUCUCGCAGGUGCGCCAACUACAAGAAAAUGCAGCUCAGCUGCGUGCAAUUUACGCCGGGGAGAAGGCAGAUGCCAUUUUUUGCCGUGAGCAGGAAGUGAUGCAGGCCUGGAAAGAGCUCCUCGUUGCAUGUGAGGGCAGCCGUGUGCAGGUUACCACAGUAACCGAUAAGAUCCAGUUCUUUGCUGUGGUGCGAGAACUGAGCAUGUGGAUGGAUGGAAUCAUGGGACAGAUUGGCUCGACUGACGAUGCCAGGGACCUCUCUGUGCUGGAGGGCAUGAUGUCCCAACAUCAGAUUUUGAAGAGUAAGAUAGAUAACAAGAGCAAGAACUUUGUGCAUUGCGUGGAGAUGGGAAAGAUGCUGCUCGCUGCACGCAACCCUGCAGCUGAAGAGGUAAAGGAAAAGCUGGAAUAUGUCAUGGCAAAGCAGAAAGACCUGAAUGAGCGAUGGGAACAGCACUGGGAGAAGCUUCAGCAAGCCCAGCAGAGGCUGCAGUCUACCCAGCCAGGAUUGGCGGAGCAGUCCUGGCUCACAAUCAAAGAACCAAUCACUCCAAACACUCGUGAGACAGGGGGCGGGACAGACGAGGUAGAGGAGCUGAUUCGCCGGCAUGAAGCAUUCAGGAAGGCUGCAGCCACAUGGAAGGACCAUUUCAGCUCAUUACGACAGGCAGAGAAGAUGAAGGAGGAACUGAACAAGCCACCUUCUACCUCCUCUCUCCUCAGCAGGCAGAUGUUCCCUCUCUCCUGUCUUGUGCCCAGCUCCUCUUCCUCGUCCUCGUCCUCCUCUCUUUUCCGUAACCCUCUUCAGGACUCACUUCCGGAGUCUAAGCCUGGGCCGGACCUCAUGCACGCCACAGAACACAUGGUGGCACACACACUCGCUCAGCGGCUCGGGUCCACCCUGAACCCCUACACGCCCAUUAUGAAUGGCUCCUCCUACCACGGGCUAAACCAGCCAUCAGGGUUUGUGGUGGAGGGUUCUUUCUACCAUGGGCUAAAACAACAGGGUGUUUCAGGGUUGGAUAAUUCCAGCUAUCAGGGGUUAAACCAACAAGUUGGUGUCUUGGGGGUGAACAGCUCCAGCUACACUGGACUAAACCAACAGGGUGUUUUAGGAGAGGAUGGCUCCAGCUACCAUAGCCUGAACCAUUUAGGUGCUGUGGGGGUGGUAGAGCCCAAAAUAGGAUAUCCUUGGCAACACCUGAAAGCUGACUGCUUUCAGCCCAAAAUCAACCACAUUCACAAAGCUGUUUCACCUUUACUGGAGGCUCACCGAGCUCAGCUCGCCAGUGGAGGAGCAGGCGUCCCAGCUCCUAUGGGCCUGGACCCCUCCCUGGAGAUGAUCCACAGCCGUUUACAAAGAGACCCCCGGGGAAGCCGCUCUGACCCGCAGAUGGAUCACCUGCGGCGGGAGAGAGAGUACCGGCUUGGCCGACAGACCUCCAGCGAGCAGGAGAUCCAGGCGCGACUUAACGAGCUCCCGAUGAUUGUUAGGCAGGAGCGUUACCGUCGAAGACUGGAGAGACAGUCGUCCAGUGAGCAGGAGGCCAGUGGUAGGCAGAGAGUACAGAAACAUGACUCCAGCGAUGCAGAAUCUGGGAAAGAGCCGUCCGACAAGAAACCAUCUGGGGAGAAGCGUUCCACUAUGGCUGAGAUUGUUGAGCAAGUGCAGGAGAGAGAAGCUUGCCAUGCGAAGGGAGAGGCGUACAGACCAUCCAGUAGCCUCUCUGCACCAGGGAGCCGUCUGGAUCGCCCUCGAGCUCGUGACCGCCCCAAACCACGGCGAAGACCUCGUCCAAAAGAACCCGAAGAGCCACGGAGGUCCCGCUCUGCGCCCGCUCAGGGUGGCCCAUCCACACCUCAGCCUCCUACCCACACUGUCCAUCACGAGGGCUUCUUGUACAGGAAACACGAAGAGGAAGGGAAAGAGAGAAGCCCAAACAGCAAGUCGUGGGUUAAUAUGUUCUGCGUACUCAAACAAGGGGAGAUCGGUUUCUACAAGGACGCACGACACAAGACCACACCCUUCAACGACGAGCCACUUCUCAACCUGGCCAUCUGCGAAUUUGACACUACCAACGGAUACAAAAAGAAGAAGAAUGUCUUCAUUCUCAGGACCACUGCUGAAGGGGACUACAUCUUCCUGGCUAAGGAUGAGGAGGAUCUGAAAGGUUGGGUCAACAGUAUCAACGCAAGCCUGAAAGAGAUCGAGGACAUUGCCAAGUGGGAGAAAGCCACAAACUCCUCAACUGACCCCGACAAAUCAGAGCGCAAGGAGCGUUCUGAAGGGGCGGAGCCAUUGGAGGGGGCGGAGAGAUCAGAGAGGUCAGAGAAGUCUGAGCGUUCAGACCGAUCAGAUAAAAUAGAGGCAUCGGACAAAAGCUCAGAAAAGAGGGACGCAUCUGAGAAAGAAAGAGGAGAUAGAGGUGAAAGGGAGGCGAGAGAGAGGGGCGAAGGAGGAGACCGGGGUUCCAGGGGUUCCAGGGGUUCCAGCACUUCGGGGAAAAGCAAAUGACUCAUCUCUCGACACGUUUAUUUACUCAUCCAUCCCUCCAUCUUUCCAGAGAGAAGACAGGACUUGCAUUUCUCUGUCUCUGUCGCUCUGUUUGUCCUGACAGCCUGAUUCCAGGACAGAUGUAAUUGAUUAUGUCCCUUGAAUGUGUCGAUGUGUGUCUGUGUGCGUGUGCCAAUGUGUUGAAGAGAACGUCUGUGAAAGAAUCAGUAUAUGAACGUAUCCCAGCAUCAGAGGGCCCGUUCAGCCGCCCUGCUCGACUCUCACAGAAAAGGCACUUUAGAUUAUUGAGGAUGACUAUAGCCCUUAAUAUUUUAGAAGCGUUUUCUUGAAGCAAUAUAUUGUAUGUAGUAACCGAUGCCGCUUGUUUUAGCUGCUCUGCUCUGCUCUUCCAAGCGAGUGCGAGAGAGAGAGAAAGUGACAGAGAGGACUUUCCGAGAGAGAAAUCUGGUGCGGUAUUAGGAUCGACAUCCUUACACAGCCCCACACAUGCAUACGCACACGCACUGUGCAUUAUGGGAAAAUGUUCGGUAUGGAACACCAUUCUCUCACCUGAGGCCGCACACGUCUUCCACCUGCUGCUCGUAGUAAUGGUUUUAAUCAUGUGAGACGCUUCACAGUGCUGAGGUUACCGUGAUUCAGUCCAAACUACACUCGACGAAGUCUCAGUCACAAUACGUGAAUAUAAUGUGGCAGUGUGUGUGUGAAUACAGCUCCAUCCAGAAGGAGCUCAAAUGUACUAUGUAUAAUCUCAUUGAUCGUAUUUAUUAGGUUAUCGUGAUACGAAUUUAAAGUGCAAGGUUAUUCUUCCCUGAACUAAGAGGAAGUACGAUCAAACACCCCCCGUACGUGUACAAAUAUGCUGCUUUUUAUCAUCUCUGCCCCCCUACAUCACUCUUUGAUUGUAAAAUUAGUACACAUAAAAUAGGGUGUCUGUGAUUUUGUCAUGCUAUAAAGAAAAAGAUUGUAUAUAUAUAUAUUUGUAUAUAUACUAGUAAACGAGAUUUACUUCUAUGAACUGCAGCGUCUAAUUACAAAAAAAAAAAAAAUCAUUUUUAUCAACUUAUGAAAAUGUAACAAGUUAAAAGUUGUUUUAAAGUGCCCCUGGCUGAAUUUAGACGGUAAACAUGCGCGUUAGCCGAGAUCUCUUGCAUAUGGAAACGCAACUUUUACUGUUUACGGUUUGUUUUUUGGCCAGGGCGAAAGAUCAGGAUUCUUGUAAAAAGAAAUCACCAUUAAAAUACUCAUCCGAAACUGUUUUGUGUUUAAUUUAGAUGUCAAGAGAACUGUCUCUUGACAGCAGUUGCAAUUAAUAUUGACAAAGACAAUGAUAUUCCCCCUAAAAUAGUUCAAAUAUAUAUGUGCAAAUUAUAUUUACACAGAUAUGAUACAAACUAAAAUAUCAAAGUAAACAAAUCAUUUUGGUGAGGUCAAGCUUUUCCUCUCUGGCUCUGUUUUCAC